AUGGCUUGCCAAAAACAAGAGUCAAUAAAGAAAUUUCUUCGUGUUCGGCUUGAUCGACGAAGAUCAUCUCUUGCCUCAAUCUCAAAUGACAAAAAUGAAAACACUUCAGCAGCAUUAAAGCCAACCACUUCCAAAUCAUGUUCAUCUCUUCCCACAGAAGGAAGGUCUUCAGAAAAGUCUACUGGCUCAAAGAAAGUGGAAUCACCUACAAGCAAAAUAAAGAAACUGAUCAGAAUUAACAGCAAAGAUUUGGAUGAAGAAAAGAAAGCUGGUAUAAAAAGGGCAAGAAGUUCAGAACCAUCUCAUGACAAAUCCUCAUUUUUUGGAGCAGGCUCAGAAAAUGACUCAGCAAAUUUUGAUGAUUCAGAUGAUUUUGUUGAAUCACCUAAUUGUUCUGAAUCUCAGCUUGACAAUAUUGAGCUCAAAGCUAGCGGUGUCCAAUUUGAUAGCAAACCCUGUAGUAAAAUUACGUUAACUCUUGAUGUAUUAUUGGCAGACAAAAUACAGCAGGAUGAACUGGACAAGAUGAAUGAAGAACUGCAGGAACAUAUGCUUCAAGGGGGAAUUACAAGUAUGUUGGCAGAAUUUAAUGAACCUGAUGAACUUCUUCCUGAGCACCGAGAAAAAAUUGAACAGCUGAAGGAUUUUCCCCAGUUCAAGAUGAAUGAAUCUCCUCCUUGGGAAACAGUUUUUAAAGCCUCCCACUACUGUUGUUUGUUUUCUUCAUCCCUUUACCCAAGCCAUUUUCGAUUUGUACCCGGUAAAAGCAAGAUUGACAACACUCUUGCAGAGACGAAAGAUGUGUGGACCUUGGACUUUUUGCUCAAGUCUGACAUCCUCCGUGUUGUGUGGUGUGCUGUCUCCAACAAGCCUCUUAUACUUCGUUGGCUCUUCUUUAUCAUGUCUGUACAUAAGGAAAUGGCUGUGUCUGAAUCAUGUUGCAAAGUGAUAUUAAAUGCCAUUCAACUGCAACGAUCUGCUUCCCGAACUAGAAAUACAUGGGCUCCUGAAAUGGCUGACAUCUUACGUGUCUUUAUCAAUUAUGGGGCUUCUUUAGAAGAUCUUGUACCUCAAAGAAACUUGUUAAAGGCAGAAGACCUAAGAUGUGCAGAAGUGCCCGUGAAUGACAAACAGAAACCCAGUAACCCUGUCAAUCAUUCUGUAAAUGAUACUUCACAGACAACUGAGAAACAGGAACCUGACUCUAAUCCUGAUGCACCCACCCCAGAACCUCAUUACAAGAUCUCUAAUUUAGUCAAUGUCCUGUCAGUUUUGGCCUUUGCUGUUGAAUCAAGGCCACCAUACACACCUGACCAGCUAACUGCUCUCUUUUUGAUGCUUUGUAAAAUUAGAAUGGAUAUUGGCAUAGCAACACGUUCGAUGGUGUACAAAAUUCAGGCUGUACUCUCCCGGAUCAUACAAAAAUAUACAGAGUCAGAAUGGCCUCAAAAGUUGAUGUAUCUUUCUAGUCAAUUGUCUAUGCUGAUCUCCCACCACCACAAUAUGCUGUUCCUCACAGAGACGCUACCACACUGUGUUCGAAGUAUUCAACUGAGACGACGCCUUGCUACUCUUCAACUGUAUGUAACAGUUGGAUUGGAUGUCUCUGAAAUUAACAAAUUGCCAGACCUGAAGAUUUCCUGUCUGACUGACGUUUUCCCUUUCCUAAAAGGCUAUGUCCAAUCAGAACUCUACAAAAUGUAUACAGCUAUUGACCUCCUAAGCAUUGCAGUUGGGGACAGCAGUCUCAAUAGUUCAGAUCGAGAGGAUUUACAUAGACUGAUGUCCCAUGUGACUCAGUUGUCUGAGAUGCUCAGGGACAAUGGGCGGAUGGUGGCAUGCUCAACAGUGAAGAGCAAGUUGGUUGUUCUUUGUACCAAAUGGAAAAUCCUUUUGGAGUCACUCAGUCUCACUCAGAAAAGUCUGUUUGCCUUUACACGUCAGCAGUCUUUAAUGACCCCAAUGACUGUAGAGAUGACCUCCCAGUCUUACGAUUCAGAUUCUGACUCCGACACCAACUCUGACCACUUCUCCAGUUCUGUGUCCAGUGUACUCAGUCUGCCCGAAAUCUGA